AUGGAGAAACUCCAGCUUCAAGUCCGCACAACCGAAGGCGAACCAACCAUUAAAUCUCGUAACCGUGUGCUGUUCCACCUAAAACACCCGAAAAAAGGCGAAAUGUGCAUGUUCCCAUACCAAGCUGAGUCGCAGUCACGCCAGACUCUGGGAAACAUGGGCAUUGAGAGGUCGGACGCGGUGUUUAAGACCGGGAGGCGGUUUCGGUUUGUGCCGGCGAAAUGGGGCGCGGACAGACGGCUGAGAAAGGAAGGGAAGCAGGUUUUAUUUGAGGCCGCAGAGAAUACGGGACACAGGAGGAACGGGGUGGUUUGGGAAUGGAGGAACGGGGAUGGUGAGCUGGUGGCGAGGGAGUUGUUUCGUGAUGGGGAGCUGAGCUUGGGGGUGACGGCGGCGAUGACGGCGCGGGAGAGGGAUGCGCUUGUUGCGGCGUGGUAUUUGAGGAUAUGGUGGAUUCGGGGGGAGGAGACGUAUGAGAGGCCGAAAUUUAGGGAUGAAUCGGGUGUUGCACUCCAAGAAUGGACCGCUUGCUGA